GUGGCCACGUGUUUGGAGGAGAUGGACUUGGAUCAGAUCCAGGACCGGGACCAGAUCCAGGAUCAGAACCAGAACCAGGACCAGGAGUCCAGCAGGACCAAAGCGGACUCUUCCUCCGCUGGUCUGCAGAAACAUAAAGCCAAAGAGAGAACCACAAGUUACUGCUGUGAUAGGAGUGAUAAAGUCCUCACCACUUCACCAGGUCUGAAGGUCCGAAAGAUGAUUCUUACUGAAGAGAAGCUGUACAGCUGUGAACAGUGUGGGGCAGCUUUUACCAAAUCAAGUAUUUUAAAGAUUCAUCAGCGUAUCCACACUGGAAAAAAGCCGUACAAAUGUGAUCAGUGUGGGGCAGCUUUUACCCAACAAGGUAAUCUAAGGAGUCAUCAGCGUAUUCACACUGGGGAUAAACCUUACAGAUGUGAUCAGUGUGGGGCAGCUUUUACACGACAAGAUAGUCUAAGGAGUCAUCAGCGUAUUCACACUGGAGAUAAGCCUUACAGAUGUGAUCAGUGUGAGGCAGCUUUUACCCAACAAUGUCAUCUGUUAAGUCAUCAGCGUAUUCACACUGGAUUUAAGCCCUACAGAUGUGAUCAGUGUGAGGCAGCUUUUACCGAACAAGGUAGUCUAAGGAGUCAUCAGCGUAUUCACACUGGAUUUAAGCCUUACAGAUGCGAUCAGUGUGAGGCAGCUUUUACCCUACAAGGUAAUCUAAGGAGUCAUCAGCGUAUUCACACUGGAGAGAAGCCUUACAGAUGUGAUCAAUGUGGGGCAGCUUUUACCAUGUCAUGUAAUCUAAAGCGUCAUCAGCGUAUUCACACUGGAGAGAAAGCCUUACAGCUGUGAUCAGUGUGGGGCAGCUUUUACCCAACAAGGUAGUCUAAGGCAUCAUCAGCAUAUUCACACUGGCAUAUUCACACUGGAUAAAAAAGCUCAGUUAAAGGUACCAAUUUAGACAUGAAAUCCAGAGUUUUGUUUUCAGUUUCAACUGAAAAAUGUUUUUAUCUUACCGUAUUUUCACGACCAUA